AAGAUGUUCCGCUGCCACCGCCACCGCAAUCGGUGGGACGGUAAACAAAAAACAAAAAUCAUUAAAGUUAUUACCUGUUAAACGUUUACUACGCCGUCCGUUAUCCAACUCGAAUCGUUCACCAUCGUCAUAUUAUUAUGUUGUCGUAAUAUUUUAUUAUUACUAUAGAAAAUAUACGAUUUAGGACGCGCUCGGCGGUCGUCCGUGUUGUCCCGGUGAUCGCGCUCUAUCGAACGAAAGGCCGACCAAUAACGGCAGAGCAGCCCUGAUUUCUUAAGUACACAGCAACCACAGUCAUAGUUGUGUAGUGUCGUACACACUUGCAGUUUUACGUACCACGUACCGUAGUCGUAUAUUUUGUGUGGUGCACUGGUACAGCAUCAAUAUCCAUUGCCACCCUCAAACGUCAGCGAUAGGUCCAAAACGACGACAUCCGUCGCGAGCGCUCCGUGUAUCCGACAUCCGAGUCGUUGCGCCCGCUGCUAAGCUACCCUCAGUGUCCUCAUUCAAGCGUCCGGUUAGCUCGUCUGUGCGCCCGUUCGUUCACGUUCGUCUCUCGCAGUGCCACCCGUCCGCCAUCGGUCGUAAUAGAAUCGCAUUAUCUGCGUUGUCGUUGUCGUUAGUUGCGGCCAUUAGUCGCGUUUCCUUUAAUUUUUCGUUUAUACAUCGUCGCAAUCCGUUACUGCCGUGCCCGACCAAUAUUACUGUUAUUAGAUCGCCUUAACGAUUUUCUCGCCUUUCACAUGACCGACGCCGCCAUUUGUUGUCGAGCGUUCGGGUGUUGUCUAUCCGUCCGUUCCGCGUUUUUAUCGAUCGUGUAUUCGUUGUCGUUUGGCGUACGCGAACCACCCGUGCAAUCUGCUUGAGUGUACACUGACGUCCAUUACACAGAGCACGAGCACGCGCGAUCACACAAUAGUUUUCGUUUAGUUAGACCGUUGUCGUAAUGGCCGCCAAGAGAUCGGUUUCGCCCGGGCCCAUUGACCUGAUGAAGGAAAUAAUGAGAUUGAUUGCUGAACCAAAUUCGGUGAAUAACAAGAAAAGACCGGAAGUUGCUUAUUUCCAACACCCAUCUAAGACCGUUGAUCCUACAACAUGUAAUCUAUGCAGUGAUAGUACAGAAUUUGUAUGCAGUGGACAAUAUCAAAAAUCAUCAAAUAGCCCGAAAAAAUAUGAAGAAGUUAGACUCAAGAUUAAAACAUUAUUUGAUUUUGAUUUUCCGUUCAAUCCAUUUGAAUCAUUCCUUGAAGAAGUACCAAUACAACGCAAAUUCAAUGCAAAACUUCCUGUCAGAAAACAGUUGGAUAAACUUAAAAUGAUACGCAAGAACGAUAGAUGUGUUGUAUGUAAAAAAUGUGUUCUUCAGGGACGAUUAGUGCAAUGUCAUCAUUGUACUAGACUUUAUCACCUCAACUGUUUGGAUCCUCCUAUCCGUGAUUGGGAUCAUAGUAUGAGAUGGAUCUGUCCAGCACACGACCAGUUUUUAGAAUUAGCUUAUCCUGACGUUUUCACUCCUGGUCGCGGAUUACUGACUACUAAUAAUAUAACAACAAAAAGGUCGCAAUGUGAACUGCCAUCUUUGCCUAAAGACAAAUAUAUGAAAUUGCCUAAUAUAAUUGAUACCAUGUAUAAAAAGCCAAAGGAUAACUUUCCAACAACAUCGAAAGAAAAUUCAUCUUUAAAUAUUUUAUGUGACGUUGCAUCAAUUGAAUUGGAAUCAAUGAAUUCUAUUGAUAAGAUGAAUGAAACUGGUAAUGUUACAAAUUAUAUUUCUGAUAAGUUACUGGAAAAAAGCAAAAGUUUACUGACUACAAAAUGCAGUGCAACUUUGUCUUGUUUAACUGUACCCUUUGAUAUAUCUGUACAGAGAGAAUUAAUAACGAUUGGCAAAAGUCUUAAAAAUCGAUUAUGUUUGCAAAAUAUUGGAAAUUGCGAAUAUAUUUCUGAUUAUCAUGCCACCAUCAGAUUUGAUAAAAAAACUGGAGAUUUUAUUUUGAAAAAUCUAAGUCGAUUCGGUGUUAUAGUUGAUAAUGUGUCCUAUUUUGGAAAUCGUAGACAACCAUCAAAUAAUCAUGAGCAGCUGAAGAAAGUUAAUUCUGGACAUCAACAGCACGUAAAUAAACAAAAAACAAUUCAAAAAGAUAAAAUUAUUCACAUCGACGCUAACAAUGACAAAGAAAAACCACUAAUCAAACAUGCCGGUAAUAAACGCACAGUUAAUUAUAAACAUAUGUCUAAAUAUCAUACCAGUAAGUAUAAAAACACAAAGCAUGGUUAUCAAAAAGUUCAAUGCAAGUGUUCUAAUAGACUCAUCCAAAAGGAUGGUUACUCUGGUUUUGCUAUCCUACGAAAAGAGUCUAUAAUAUUAAUUGGUUGUAUGAAAUUUAAAUUUAUUUAUGAUGUGGGCAUAAUAGAAAUUCUCAAAGUAUGUACAGAUAAAUCGCAUGCCAAAAGAGAUGGGAUAGUUGAAAACAAACCAUUGAAUGAGUCACCUUUAAAAUGUUUGUCUGAACAAGAAAAUGGCAUCGAUAUAUUGAUUGAUACAAUAAAUAAUCUUAAUUCAUUUUCCAUAAAUGAAAAUUCAGAUUAUAAAAAGUCUAUUAAUGAACAAAAUAUCACUAAUAAGUUAAACUUAGAUAAUUCAGCAAUCGGUGAAUUAUUUAAUAUCAAAGUUGAUGGUGUAUCUGAGAACGUUGUACGAGAUAGUGAUGAUGUACAACCAUUGGAAAUUAAUGCCUCUGAAACAUUAGACUCAGAAUAUAUAAAACAGUGGGAGAUGAUAAAUGCUAUGUCAAGUGAUGAAAAGUCAUGUUAUGCCAGUGACUUAAUACAAGAAGUUGAAAUCAAUGAGUCGUCUGAGGAUGGUGAAACUAUUGAAGAAGAAAUUGUUUAUGAAAUGAAUUAUGCAGAGACCGAUAAUUGUGCAUCUGGGCGUAAUAAUGAUGUUCAAGAUUGGCUAAUAGAAGAGAUUGUAAUUGAUGAAGAUAGAAACUUCAAUGAUAACGAACCUGGACAUUCUGAUAACUUACAAUUGACAUCAACUGUUGCAUUUCCUGUACCUGCUUGUGAUGAUAAGGACUUUAAGACUGAACAUAUGUAUUGUGCACGUAGUCCAACAUAUGAUGAUGAGACUAUUGUUAUAUCAGAUGAUGAUGAUAGCGACAACUACAUAACUGAUGACAAUGACAGUGAGAAAGAUUAAGCUAUGCUAUAAAAAUGGAAAACAAAAACAAAAAAAUUAGCUUUUUUCAUUAUUAUUUUGUUAUUGAUUUAUUAAGAUUUGUUAAAGAUUUCUAAAAUACCAGUGUAAGUUUUUUUUCAAUUUUCCAUUGUACUUUUGCUUUAUUUAUAACUAAAUGAAGUUUUUUUUUAUUUUUUUUACAAUUGUAGCCAUUAUGUUAGAUAAUUAUAUUAAUAUUAACAAAACGAUUGAUUGUGUGAUAUUUAUAUAUUAUUAUUAUUAUUACUCUAUAAAAUAACCUAUUAUUAUAUUAUUAAGUUACCUUGUUAUUACACAAUUAAUUUUAGUUAUUGUCUAUUUACAAUUUAAUUAUAUCUCAACAAGUUUUAAUUAUGCAACAUAAUUUUAUGUCUACCAAAUUAUUACAUUAUAAUUGUAUUAAAAUCUAUAAAAAAUAUUGUUAAAUAAAUAAUUUAUAGUUAAAAUUAUUAUCCAUUCUAUUAAAAUAAUAAUUUAUUAUAAUUGUAUCAAUUUGAAAUAAAAUUUUACGAUAUUUCUUUCUGUACAAGUUUAAAAUUCUGAUUUAUUUUUAUUUUUCCACAGCCGUAAAUGUACUUUAAAUUUUUGUUUAACAAUUAAAAUCUAAAAUAAUCUAUUAUUAUUGAUAUAAAAUUUGAACUUAUAAACUGAUAACAUAAUAUUUAGAAUUAAAAAUAUUCGUAUUAUUAAUAUCUUUUUUUUAGUUAAACAUUAAUAUAUCUAGGUAUUUAUACAUAAUUAAAAUUUAUAUUUAUCUAAUAUUAAAUAAAAAGAUAGUGCGAAAUAAUAGAAUAAA